AUGACGAUGCGAUCGUAUUUAAUCAGGAUUACUUUGUAUGGUGUGAAAAAUCACCAAGUUAUGAGGCAUAUGGAAGUAAACCCUAUUGUCUCGGUGGUGGCCGAAGAGCCCGGCCAUAUUCGCAAAUGUUUUACGUUUUUCAGCGAGCUCAAUCCCAAAUGGCGCCAGUUUCAGUUUAAUUUUAACGAGGCCGACGUAUACCACGCGUAUCAAAUAGUGAAGGCAAACGGUAUUCCCGAAGAAAACAUAAUAGUCAUGCAUUACGACGAUAUCGCUAACAAUAGGCAAAACAAAUACCCGGGAAAGGUAUACAACGGGCCGACCGGUCAUAAUGGCACUGAUGUCUAUCACGGCGUACCCAAGCAUUACACCGGCAAAGAGGUUACCCCCGAAAAUUUCCUGAAAGUAUUGGCCGGCGAUGAGGGUCUGAAAAAGGCGGGUAAGAAAGUGCUGGAAAGUGGACCAAACGAUCACGUAUUUAUAUUUUUCGAUGACCAUGGUGCUCCCGAUUUGGUCGCCUUCCCCGACAAGUAUUUAUACGCCGAACCCCUAAUGAAAACGCUGAAACAAAUGCACCAAGAUAAGAAAUACGCCAAAUUAGUAUUUUACAUUGAGGCUUGCGAAUCAGGAUCAAUGUUUGACAAAUUACUUCCCACCGACAUCAACAUAUACGCCACCACCGCAUCCCUGCCCAACGAGCCCAGCUAUACUUGCUAUUUUGACAAGGAUCUCGGUACUGAUGUUGGUGAUGUAUACAGUGUUUAUUGGAUGGAAAACACAGAGUUGGCCACAAAAGACACUACACUUCAGGAACAGUUUGCCUACACCAAGAAGAAGACCACCACAUCUCACGUAAUGCAGUAUGGUGAUUUGUCCAUUGCCAAAUUGCCCAUCUCACAAUUUUUAGGCUCCAAGAAGUCAUCGAUGUCUUUAGCUGGUGCUGAGCUGACCCGUACUGUCAAUAACAAGGACUACCCGCUAGUGAUGGCUCAACAAAGCGGUGAUUACCCGGAGUUGUCUGUAUUGUCGACCGGACGUCAAUUCCUGGACACUGUGUUCGAGGAAUACGUGAAUAGUAUUCAACACUUAAUGAACGCAAAC